GAGGCCAGCGAUGGGUUGCAUGUUAGCAGUCCGGCCACGACAUCUAUUGCAAUACAACCCGUAAACGAUCCCCCGUAUGUGCUUCUUGGUAUUUCGACAAGAGAUGCACUCUUCACUUACGUUGAAUCGGUUGGCUUUGUGGAGAUAUUCUCGUCAAUUUCGUCAUUACGCGAUGAUGACUCAACAGCACUUUCAAUUGUGAAUAUCACAAUACGAAGUUUUCAGUCCGGUGUAGAGGGAUUCAAUUUCACUACUGAUGGUACCAAUGUUACCGGGCAGUCUCUUUCUGGUACUCUGUUGCUGACUGGACCAGCCGAUAUCGAUGAGUUCAGGACCGUGUUGAGAAGCGUUAGAUAUAUCAACUCUCUCGUUGAAAUGGAUCAGUUUGAUCAACUGGUUGGCAGUCGAGUGAUUGAGAUCACCGCGAGUGAUGAUAGAUCAGCCACCAGUCAACCUGCCAGUGCGUUCGUAACAUUUGCAGCUGUGAACGACCCACCUUUGGUUGAUCUGAAUGGACAAGAUGUUGGGAACAAUUUCAAUGCUCGGUUCACAGAAGGAGAUGGAACUGUGGCUGUCACAUCAAGUGAUGCAACAAUAAUGGAUGUUGACUCAGACACUCUUGCAUUUGUCACAGCUCAAUUGCUCGAUGUAGCUGAUAAUGAAAGCGAAACCCUGUUUAUCAAUGAAACAAUUUCUUCCAUUUCGACAUCGUAUGAUCGUCUUAGAAAUCUAUUGACCUUAACUGGACCAGCAGAUGUGCAAGAUUUUCAGACCCUCAUUCGUUUUCUCUUUUACAUGAACACUGCCAACGAGCCCCAAACAGGGUCGCGCACGGUUGAAAUAGUUGCUAGUGAUGGCAUGGCAACCAGCAACCCUGUCAGAUCAACCAUUAUCAUCACAACAGUCAACGACCCUCCGAAUUUGUCCUUUGAACCCUCUGGUGCUCCAUUCACAGAAGGUGGCAACCCUGUUGCCAUAGUUAGGGAGAAUAGUGUGACCUUGGAUGACCCUGACACCCCUAUUCUUAUGUCAGUAGAAGUAACCAUUGAGAAUGCUUUUGAUGGACUAAACGAGGUUGUAAGUGCAAAUGUGAGUCUAGAAUAUCUGACAACAGUACAGUUGACUCCUGAUGUGAGUGUAGCAUAUGUCUUCACAUUCUCUUUCCCUGCACAAGCAGAAGACUUUGUUUCACUUGUGGAGAGUUUGACAUACGAAAAUCUAGCACCUGAGCCAAGUCCACAGUCACGAUUGAUCACUGUACGUGUAUCUGACGGAGCUAGCUUCAGCAAUGUUGUCAACAUCUCCGUCAACAUUGUUCUUAUAAACGAUAAUCCCCCUCGGUUCCUCGAUGACAACAUCACACUUUCAGUUUCAGAGAGUGCUUCAAUUGGAACAGUGCUAACUCAAGUAGAAGCCAUAGAUGCGGAUCUAGACUCGAUUGUCACAUACUCACUAUCAAGCUCAUUUUUCUCAAUAAACCCGCAAAGUGGUGUUCUCAUAGUGAAUGGCUUGCUUGAUAGAGAAAACAGCAGCAUGCAUUCUUUGUUGGUAACUUCUUCAGAUGGUGUUAGUCAAGCUGCUAUUCUAAUCCUCGUUGAAGUUGUUGACGCCAAUGAUAAUGUACCCAUGUUUACAUCGGAAACAUUUGAAACGUCAAUAAGUGAAGGAGUUGCUGUAGGAACACUAAUUAUACAACUUAUGGCUACUGAUAGAGAUGUGGGAGACAAUGCGGAACUGCGUUUUGAACUUUCAACGGGAGACUCUACAUUUGAAAUUGAUCCAACUGAAGGGAUCAUAAGAACUGCAGCUGGCCUUGAUCGAGAAGCAAGAGAAGCCUAUGUGCUAGUUGUAACAGUCACAGACAGUGGAGUUCCACCACUAUCCUCUAGUGCUUCAGUCACGGUUACCAUCAGCGAUGAAAACGACAACCCGCCUGUGUUCAGUCCUCAUUCCGUGUCAGUAUCCGUGUCUGAGGACAUUGGAAUAGAAUCGGAAAUAUUUACGGCCAGAGCCGAAGAUCUCGACACCAGCAGUGAUCUAGUAUACAGCAUUCACAGUGGUGACACAACAGGUACAUUCGGUAUCGGUUCCACAUCGGGGGAAGUGGUACUCGAAGCCCAACUCGAUAGAGAGACACAAGCUCAAUACGUGCUGAAUAUCACAGCAACUGAUGGAGUUUUUUCAGCCUCCUUAGAGUUGGUGAUAACUGUACUGGACGUGGAUGACAACCCUCCAAUCUUCACUCAGAAAAACUACUCCUUUUCGCUGCCUGAAAAUUCUACGGUCAGGACAUCACUGCUGCAGCUGAACGCCUCUGAUAGUGACUCGGGCCAGAAUUCAGUGUUGGAGUUCAGCAUACUAACAGGGGAUCCCACUGGUAGAUUCACUAUUAAUCCCAACACUGGUCAUCUCAUACUUGCUGGAGAACUGGACAGAGAGCUGGAAGAUUCAUACAAUCUCCUGGUUCUCCUUAGGUCUCCCUCUAACCCAAGUCAAAAUGACACGGCGAAUGUUGAAAUUUUGGUCAUCGAUAUCAACGACUCUCCGCCCGUGUUUGAAGAAAAUUCCUACAAUUUUUACGCACUGGAAAACGUCACAAAUGGUAGUGUGAUUGGUUCGGUGGUGGCAAGUGAUCGAGAUGUUGGCUUAAAUGGCGAAAUAAGUUUCUCAAUCUCACCGGCAUCAGACAUGUUUUCAAUUGACACCGAGGAAGGUAGCAUAAGGACAAUAAGUGAGUUAGACCACGAAGACAUGGUUCGGUAUGAACUCACUGUCACUGCUCGAGACAACGGCUCCCCGCAAAUGUCAGCUUCGGUCACUGUCACAGUUAGAGUGGGCGAUGUCAAUGACAAUGCACCUUUAUUUGAAAGUGGUGCCCUUUCUGUUUUUAUCCUUGAAAAUCUGCCAGCUGAAACUGAAAUUGUGACUGUUACUGCUGGAGAUGCUGAUGGUGGAGCAAAUGGAGAAAUCACUUACACUAUUGAAUCUGGUAACGUUGAUCUCUUUCAUAUUGAUCAAAUCACUGGAAAUCUGACUGCGGUAGUGCCACUAGAUUUCGAGGUCCAUCAAUCCACGUUCCAAAUAGCUGUCACUGCAUUUGAUGGCGGGUUUCCCUCUCUAUCUUCUUCAAUCCAAGUUCAAGUGAAUCUUUUAGAAGUCAACGAAUUUUCUCCACUGUUUGGGCUCUCCGAGUACACUAUUCAAGUCUCUGAAGAUGUACCUCCUUCCACAGUCAUCAUUGAUGUCAAUGCUACUGACAUGGAUGCUGGUAGCUCAGGUAUCAUAGAGUACAGUCUCUUGGCUGUGGACGAUAAUAUGUUUGCUAUCGAUCCUACCAGUGGGGAGAUAUCUACACUUGAAGAAAUUGAUAGAGAAACGGUGUCACGCUAUGAAUUCACAGUAGUAGCUACGAACACAGAAUACACCCCAAUGCUCUCUUCUGAAGCGUCUGUCACUGUUGAAAUCCUGGACGUGAAUGAUAAUACUCCCACCUUUGACCAGUCUGAGUAUUCUACUGCUAUUGUGGUGAGCACGCCGGUAGGUACCACUAUUCUCAGCCCCACAGCCGUAGACCGAGAUUCCGGAACCAAUUCCGAGAUUCGGUACACUGGUACGGAUCCUACUGGACACUUUGAAAUUUCUCCAAUGUCUGGUGAUAUUGUCCUCGCUCAAUCCCUUGAGUCUACACUGACAGUUAAUUUCUCUAUCACAGCCAGUGACAUGGGCAAUCCAUCCUUAUCGAGCAGUGUACUAAUCACUAUAAGAGUAAUUCAAACCCUCGACGUCGAAUUUUCUCAAAGCGGUGCUGGGUUUUUGCUUGACGGAGCACCGCGCCUAUCACAGUCAUUUGGUCUGUUUGCUAAUGGUCCACCAGGAAGCAGUGGUACAUUGUCUGUCUCCUUAGCCAGUGCCAGCACUUCCUCUGCAUACGUAACUUCCCUACCAGAGGCAGUUGAAGUAAGAGGUGUGGUGCUAGACAGAGAAGUGUGGCACGAUCGCCCGGAGGUGAGCGUCGUUGUUCAAGUGUUUGGAGAGUUGGGGGAGGUCCACUGCGAGCAGACAGAGGUGGUUGUGACAAUCCUCCCUGACCCUGGUAUUGGAGUCGGUCAAACCCCACAAGUUAUUUGCCCGAGUUCAACCACCGACGGUUUCUGCGAAGCUUUCGUGCCACUCCCGGAAGACUGGUUCAGCCACGAACUAUCUGAUGCCGCUGCAACAGUGACUGCUCGACUGCUGAACUCUGAUAAUCUUCCGGUCACUAUCGGCUCAUUUGAAAUCAGAGCUGAGCCGAGCGACGCAAUCAGCAAUGAUGUUGUCCUAUUUAUUCCCUCAAGGCCUCAGUCACCAGGUGAAGUGUUCACAGCUACAGUGUCAGCUCAUGCUGGACACCCUGUCUCGACUUUCAGCAUCAAAUGCACAGUUUCACAAAAUCUACGCAUCGAAGAGCUUGUUGUGGAUGCAGAAAAGUGGACAUAUGAAUCACGUCUUUCAGGGACAAGUGAAAUUGGCAUAGUUUCGUUUUUGAGCGAUCCUGAAUCAUCCUCUGAGGGAGCAAUUCAAAAUGCAGAAGAUCUUUUCUCAUUCCGUGUCCGUGUGAUUCGAGAAGUGGGCCCAGGUACCACGGAAAUAGUCAACUGCACCGCUGCUUAUGUUGGUAACAUUCUUAAUGACAAGCUACAGCCACGAGGUCUAGUUACCCCAGCUCCAGUGAGGGCAAUUAGUGCCAACAACAACAGGGAGUCAACCCACGGUGUGAUACUGAUAGCUGAAUCUAUACCUAGAGCCUUACUCUCUUAUGCCAGCCAAGCUCAGAUAGUCAACACUGCCGUUUUUGAUGGAGAACUUAUCCAAGUCCAGUUGAUACAUUCAGUAGUGUACUCAAGUGUACUUGAAAGUGUGUCAAGGGAUUUGGUCACGUGUGAGAGUCAGUCGACGGCAUUCCAGCUGUCUCCAGACUGUUCCAGUGUCUCCCUGAAUGGGAGUGAGACUGAAGGAGCAGCUAUGGACGAAAUCACAGUUCGUUUUGAGAAUUUCACAGACACCAUCCUUCUCCGUGUUUGGUAUCCUUACGUAAGACCUGGCCUUGUUGCAACACCCAGCACUGUACAGGCUGUGGAUGGGUGGAUAGCUUCAAACACUAGUGGAGAUUGUGCACAGCAGUACCAGCCAAUCACACUGACAGUGUUUGCCACCUUCUCCUAUCACCCAACAAUGGGGCCAGAGUUCUCAGUCGAUAUACUACCAAUAGUCAGCAGUAUGCUAUCAAGUUCUGAUCCUUCAUCAGUUUCUGUAUACAGCAGCUCCAUUUCAGCUGUUUCUCCUGGUGUUAGCACGAUAUCAGCCGGAAACUAUGUCUCUCCUGCUACAAUAGCAGUGUCUGACGAACUGCUCAGAGUCUCUGCAAUAGAGACUACGGUGUUUAGUGGUCUCUUACUUGUGUUGCCUGAACCAGCGAAUUACGGAGUUACUUCUCGCCAGCUGGCAACGAGCACCAUCGAACAAGACUUUUCCUCUCUUACUGCUGAAGUCUUCUACUCAGUCACUGCUGUUAUGACUGAUGGUACUACUUUCCCUCUGCCGCCAGAGAAUGGUUUACAGUUGGAAUCUCUCGAUCGCUCAGUGAUCCAAAUAUCUGAAAACAACUCCAUACAAUUGGUUGGAAGAGGUACUGGAGACGUUCUUAGAGUUAGUUGGGUACCUCAGUGUGCAAAUGGCACCAUCGCGACUGACGUGGUGUCACUUGAUAUCAGUAUCCCUGAUCCGGUUUCAAUCGAAGUCACACUAUCGUCAACCCGGAUCACUCGCCCGGGAGACAGAGCUGAGCUCGGCGGUCUACCAACAUCCUCCACCCUCUCUGCUACAGCAGUCUACGCUAAUGGUUUCACACUUGACAUCACAACAAAUCCUGAAAUUUCUAUUAUGUUCAUCGGUGGAGAAAAUCUGGUGAAUGUAUCGCUGCAGGAGGAACUUUCACUGUUUCGAAUCACACCAAUCCUUCAACAUUGGGGUUUGGAGAAGUAAAUUUUACCGUAAGCUUCAAGGAGCUACUUAAUGCCAAUAUCUCACUGAGUGUUGUUGGAUUUGAAGGACUAUCUGUAUACUCACUGCCUUACCCUCCAUAUGUUGGCUCAGAACCAAAGUCGAUUUUCUAUCAGUUUGAGAAUACAGGAGUAUUCCAACAGGCUGGGUUGGAGCUAGACGCUGUUUUGAGCGACAAUUCCACCUUUUCACUGACUAGCUCACCACUUACACUAUUUCAAACUGUGAAUGAGGCUCCACUUGUGUCGGUUACUGGCAACCUUGUUCAGAGCCAGGGAGCCGCGUCAGUGAUGGUCGAAGGGCGCUUUGGAACAGGUUCGGCCACUACGAGUUUAACUUUCUCCUCACAGCCAGUAACCAUCACCUCACUUCUUGAUUUCUCACUACUUGACAAUAGCAGCAGUGAUACACUAUCCGGAGAGAUUGGUUUUGAGGCCACACUAUCUCUGCGUGCAACAUUCAAUGAUUCAACAACUUUUCCCAAUUUCAUACCAGAAGCAGAAGGAGUAUUUCCAAGUCUAGUUUCCCUCACUUCUGACAAUCCUAUGGUUGCGAGUGUGAGUUCAACAAGUGGAGAAGUCACACUCAUAGGGAACCAUCACUCCCAAGUCGCACUGACUGCUACUCACAUUAGUAGCGGUGCUUCUGUUCAGCUUUACUUCUUCUGCAACCUACAUCCUGCCGUUGGAGACAUCGAUAUCGGGGAUUCCAGGGGCCCUCCCGUGCCUUCAGUCAAACUUGAAGACUCUUUCAGUCUUCCUGUCAGAGUCAACUCAGGAUCUCAGCUACUGCAGUCGUUUCAACUUAUCAUGUUGUACAACAGCCAGCAGUUGAGUAUAGUUGGGUUUUCAAAUGGGGAAGACUGGGUCACUGGGACACUAGCAGUGAAUGAUAUGCCAGGUCAAGGACUGGUGCACAUUGAAGGAAGUACUAGCAAUAGCGAUGCUGUGAGUGGACUAGUACACAUUGCCGACUUGGUUUUCAGAGCUGAGAGAGUUGCAACUGUUUCUCUAGACGGGCUGGUAAUAUCGCUGAUGGACACGGGCGGGGAAAUGAUCCCAACAAAUGGAGUGGCAAACAGAGGCUUCGUUGCAGCGAAAGUCAGUUUCAUUGUAAGUGAAGGAUCAGGAAGGAGAAGAAGAGCAGCCGAAGAAAAUCCUAGAACAUUGAGGGCGAGACGAAAUGUCACACCCUGUCCCACCACACCACCUUGUGAGGUGUGUGAAGGCACUCGUGAACGGGGAGACAUCAAUGGGGAUUGUGUUCUCGACUCGACAGACCCUACAUACCUCUUGGCUUAUCACGCAGAGGGUCUCUUUGACUUCCAGCUGCCGUCUGGCUUGAGUCUCCAACUCAGUCUGAUCCCUGCUCAGUCUGAGGCACUGGACGUUGAUAUAAACACUGUUGAUGAUGUCGCUGAUGCUUACUACUUGUCACAAGUGGAAACGGGUCUCUUGAACUUUCUCACUGAUCUUAGUAUUGUACCAGUUCAAAACAAUUCCGACUGCUUUUUCCGUAUAAAUGCCACACUUGUGAGUAAGGAUGACACACCAGCGACAAAUGAAACCUCGGCUGUGUUUUUUGACGUGUCUCUGCCUUUUGAUAGUCUUUUUGAGAACCAGCGACUCUUCGACGAAUCAACCUUCACCCUCGGUGCAGCCUCCACUGUCAGUAAGGGUAUCUCCUUACAGGGAGGUAUCCUCGAAGCUGAGUACCUUUCACCUGGAAUCUUCGGGGUUCAAUUUCAUAGCAACAUCACUUCGAAUGAUAUAGGAGUCAGCGUAAUUCAAGUUACUACAUCUGAUGGUAGCACAACAUCUCUCGGACGAACUAGAGCCUUUCUCGGUCUUCCAGAUCCACCUCAUUCAUUUCCUCACAAGCUAACCCUCAAUCUUCCGACAUUCAGUGAUACCACAACAGUAUCUUAUGCAAAUGGAUACAAUCCACUGACAACCUUUGAUAAUACAUUGUCGUCAGGUGUAUGCCUUAUACCCCCUGGACCUCCUAUAGUCUCACCUACUGAAUACAGUGAAGAAAUAGCUGAAGAUUCACCUGAAGGGACCUUUGUUGUGGCAAUCAAUUCUACAAGCCAAAGUGAUGAACAGCUUUCAUUUUCAAUAGCGGAGGGGAAUACAGGAGAAGUUUUUCUCGUUAGUUCAUUUGGACUGGUGUUGGUUAAUAGAGAGCUUGAUUUUGAAACUACCGCUGAAUAUCGACUACUCAUAGCUGUCACUGAUCCAUCAACAGGGAGAAGCACGUUUGCCAAUGUUGCCAUCCUUAUAAUGGAUGUGAACGACAACCGGCCCCAAUUUUCUCCUGUUCCUCCAGUACUUUUGCCACAGAAUACGCCACCAGGUAGCGUGGUGACAACCAUCAAUGCUAGUGAUGCAGACGCCGGGGCUAACGCCGACAUUUCAUUCUCCAUUGAGAGUGAAGGGGAUACAUUUGAUAUAGAUGAAUCCAGUGGCAUUGUUACACUUACCCAAACCUUAGACUUUGACACACAGUCCUACUAUGAAGUAGUAGUUACGGCAGUAGAUGGAGGACAAUCUCCACUCAACUCGUCACUGGCAAUAAACAUCACAAUCCUCCCACCCGACCCCACGGUGCUGGAAUUCACAAAUGCUCUAAACCUCUCAAUAUCUGAAGAUGCCAGACCAGGCCACGUGGUAGUUCAACUAGAGGCUGUGCCAGUCUCAAACGAAACUAUAAAUGCGACCAUAAGCUACUCACUAGAUGCUCCAAUGGGUAGCCCCUUCUCAUUAAGCUCCACAACAGGAGAACUAGUAGUGAGUGGUGCACUAGAUCGAGAGAUGGAUGAUUUGUAUGAGAUUACUGUCUCUGCCAGCAUAACAAACAUACGCCGCUCAAUACCUGCUUCCACAUUUGUCUCUAUAAUGGUACUAGACAUCAAUGACAACGCUCCAGAAUUCUCAGAGGACAGCUACUCAGCUACACUCACCGAGAACUCAGCUCCAGACACUCUGUCUCUGAACAUAAUAGCUACUGAUCUAGACUUGGGUAGAAAUGGCUCUGUCACAUACACUCUCCUGGAGCCAUUGCAAGGUCUACUCAUCAACUCUUCAAGUGGAGUUCUAAGCAAUAGUCUAGUCUUUGACUUUGAAACCACGGAUGUUAUAGGUGUGACUGUGGUUGCCACUGACAAUGGUAGCCCACCUCAAAGUAGUGAAGUUAACAUUUCCAUUUACAUUGUUGAUAUUAACGACAACAACCCUAUUGUAGUGGCCUCACCUGACACCAAAAUCAACAUAUCUGAAGAGGCACCACUGGGGAUGGUGAUUUUCUCCCUGUCCAUUUUUGAUAAUGACACUGUUGAUGUGAAUGGUGCUUUGAGUCUUAUGCAACUGAGUGGAUUCACACACUUUUACCUCAACACAACAACUGGUGAUGUCACUCUGACACGGAGCCUUGAUUACGAAACUGCACAGAAUAUGUCUAUUUUAGUACAAGGCUCUGACAGUGGUUCGCCAAUGCUCUCGUCUCCAGUCACCGAGCUGGUGGUCAUUGUGGAAGAUGAGAAUGAUAACUCUCCCAUUUUCUCUCAAUUGACUUAUUCAGUUUUAAUUUCCGAGCUAGAAGCGGUCGGUGAAAUUCUGCUAAAUCUGACAAUCUCGGAUGUUGAUGGUUCUGAACCCAACAGGGAAACAAUUUUCUUUUUUUCGUCUCACUCGACCACCUCUCCGUUUAAUCUCACUUCGGAUGGCCAACUUGUGCUCUCACAGCCUCUCGAUCGCGAACGCAACGACAGCUAUUUGCUCACAGUCGAAGCAAUGAAUAUCGUUCCUGGAACCAAUGCUAGUCUAGCCAGCAUCUACAUCUCUGUUAUUGACGAAAACGAAUUCUCCCCCGCUUUUGAAGCCGAGACAUACAAUGUGUCGGUUAUAGAAGAGAAGGCAGGAGAGUUUGUUGCUCAGGUUACUGCCACUGAUUCUGACAGCACUGCUAAUGUGUCAUACAGAAUACAUGGCGUAGAGGCAGCUCUAUUUGGCAUAUCUAAUGAAGGGGUAAUAACAAAUAUUGUGCCGCUGGACAGAGAGAGCAAAUCUUCCUAUAGAGUGACUGUGGUUGCCAGUGACAAUAGUGAACCUGAGAAAACCUCAGCAGCAAUUGUCAUGGUGACUGUUGCCGAUAUAAACGACAAUGCCCCGGAGAUUUCUUCAUUUGAUAAAACCAUCCGAAUUUCAGAAACUACUAGUGUCGGAACUACUCUAACUUCGUUCACAGCUGAGGAUCCAGAUAAUGGAGAAAACGGUACCGUCACUUUCUUUCUGGUGAACACUACUGAAGACUUUGUUCUAACACUAACCGGGGAUCUCUCUGUAGCUGCUGCUCUUGAUGCAAUAGUGACACCACUCUACAACCUCACAGUAUUUGCAGAAGAUUUGGGGACUCCAGCUUUAUCGACAAAUGUUUCACUUACUGUGAUUGUUCUCCCAUACUCAGCUCCAGUCUUCAACCAGUCAAUCUACACAGCUAGCAUCACUGAAAACAACCCUGAGAACACGUCACUGCUGCAAGUAAAUGCAACCUCGCGUGAUCCUGAUGCAAGCAUCACAUACAGUCUGGAAAACUCUGUUUCUGGCGUGUUUUCUAUUGACCCAAACACUGGCAGCGUGAUCGUUCUCCAAGUUCUCGAUCGAGAGGAAUUGAGCUCUCAUAACUUCUCUGUGAUCGCGUCAGUAGUAGUGAACGGAAGUGAGUCGACUGACAAUGCGGAGAUUGUGGUGAGCGUAAUUGAUGCAAAUGACGAAGAGCCGUACUUCAAUAGUACAAGUUUCAGUUUCACUGUGAAUGAGACGGCACCAAUUGGAACCCUGUUGGCUACUAUACAGGCUUUUGACGACGAUUUAGGUGAAAAUGCAGUGGUUCUGUAUUCUCUCAAACCAGUUAGCGUCCUCGAUGAUGGUCUGUUUGAAAUCGAUCAACAAAAUGGAAAUCUCACUGUCAGUACUUCACUCAUCGAUCGCACUGAAAACUACUUGUUUAUUCUGACAGCUUCAAACCUGGAGUCAGUUGGUAAUUUAUCCGCAAAUCUUUCACUCGCAGUAGACAUCACCCAUGUGAAUGACUUUACACCAGAGUUCAAUGAAAGUGUGUAUGGCCUCAAUGUAAGGGAAGACACUAUACCAGGUAGUAGAGCUUUGCUGGCCGUGCUUGCUAUAGACGGAGAUAUCGGAACAGCGGGACAGGUGGAAUACAGCCUCGAUACAAACACAACACUCUUUAGUAUUAACAGCACAACAGGUGGUAUCGCUCUAUCAUCUAGUCUUGACUAUGAGACUCUACCGAUGCUCGGUUUCGAGGUUGAGGUAAUUGCAAGAGAUGGUGGGUUCCCGUCUCAAUCAUCAACAGCAGUAAUUAAUGUAACAGUGGUAGAUGUCAACGAUAAUCCACCAGUGUUCAGCCAAAUAUCUUACAAUGGGACUAUUGAGGAGAAUGCGGUUGUGGGAACGUCUAUACUUCAGCUGAUGGUCAGCGACAGAGAUUCUCCUGUAAACUCAUACGUAACGUUUGAUAUAUUAUCUACACCAGACGUCAGUGGGCUAUUCUCUGUUGAUGAAAAUGGUACCCUCCGCUCAGAUGAUGUGUUUGAUGCAGAAAACGCUGCCUCCUUCACGUUUAUGAUUAUCGCUGCGAACGAUGGCUUGGGGGGAUCGCUAACUGCUGCUACAAUCAUUACUGUUGAUGUAAUAGAUCUCAAUGACAAUUCUCCCAUGUUCACUGAGAUCAGCUAUAGCCGUGUAUUGAAAGCGCCCCUGGAACCAGGCAUUGUACUUAUAACUGUCUCAGCGAUGGAUGCAGAUAGAACCGACCAAAACAAUGAAAUCUACUUCUCUCUAAAUGAUACUUUUCCGAGUGGAUUCUUGGAUAUAGACCGGGUCUCUGGCACUAUUUUGCUAGCGGAGGAAGUUGAAGAAGCUGUAAAUAUUUCAGCCAUUGUGAUUGCAACUGAUCGUGGAGAUCCUCCGAACACAAUGACUGCCGAAGUUUCUGUGAUAAUUCUCUCUCCUGAUGACCUAACUGCAGGUAGAGAGUUUGACUUCUCCAUCACUGGGUCCCCUGGGCUCAGCUUGACUGGCCUGCCCACCGAAGCCAGCGAGCAUUUCUUUCAGCAACGUCUAAAUCUCGCCCUCGGUAGGCAGGGAUCAGACAGUCACAGGUUCACUGCGGAGCUAGGAGCUGUGGUGGGCUCUGUAGAAGUUCCUCUUACUAGGCUACCGCCCAGUAGUGUGGAUGCAGUAUUGAUGACACCGGACGUAUGGAGCGAUGAUAAGAGAAUUGAAGUUGCUGUACAAGUCAGAGACACCUUUGGAAAUGUUCAAACCGAUGGAUCAGUGGAGCCAAUGGUCAUAGUUAGACACCCGUCUCUACCCCCGAUACCCUAUAACACCUGUACACCCUCACUGGAGAAUGGUACUUGUAUAGCAAGCAUCUCCCUGCCUGAAGAAUGGUUCUCUAGUGAUGCAAUACUAACUGUUUCUGAAGUCGUAGUGGAAAAUAUGCCUGAAAUUGUUGGUACAGUGCAGCUCUACGCAACCCCAGUCUUUAUCUCCCCAUCAUCUACAUACGUCUACAUUGAAAUGCCUUACAGAUCCCUCACAACAGGUGAAAUGAUAACCGUUCCUGUGUACGCAGCAGCCGGGGAAAGCAGUGUCGCAUCCUACACCAUACAAAUUGAAACAUCUCCUGAAGUCGAGCUACACGGACUCAUUGUCAGUCCAAACGAAUGGCUAGCAGAGACUGUGAGCACUACGUCCGGUGGCACUACCGUCACUGCAGUGAGAGCCAACCAGACUGUUAUUCCACCAUCCGGCCAAGCGCGCCUAUUCGACAUUUCAGCUACUAUAAUCUCCAGCGGCAGAACUGGUCUAAUAGACAAUGCCGUCAGUGCAACUGUACUAUUCCUAGGUGACACGCAUCUCUCCCAACUACUGCCAGAACCACCUCAGCCCUCGACUCCUGCAUUCGCUCUGAAUCGUAUGGGAACUGACACAACAGGACACCUUUACAUUGACAGUGACCCUCCCCUGGGACUCUUUGCAUAUGCUUCCACAGCUGAGCUGGUCAAUACGGCUGGGCUAACCGGAAAUACAGUAAAUGUACCCCUAACAACACUGAGUGUCCACCGCCAUGCACAGAUAGUUGAAGUAGCUGCUGAGGAGUGUCAGACAGGGAAUGAAAAUGUAGUGCUGACUGAUUGCUCGACACUCGUCCUGACCCCAGCCCAGACACAGGGCUCGGAAUCAGCCCAAGUGGCAGUCUCAUACUCGGGAUUUAAUGCUUCGUUCCCAGUUCGAGUCUGGGUCCCUGAGUUCCCAAUCAAGCUGGCAUCACUAGACACCGAACUGAAUAAAGUGGAGGGAUGGUUUGAUAGUCAAGAUUGCAGACCGAAAUAUCAGCGGGCGAAAAUUCAAGCCUUUGCUAACUUCACCGAUUCAAUUGCCUCUGUUCGUGACAUUGUCAUCACUGAUCUUGUCAGCGGAGCUCUCACAAGCACAAACAACUCCAUUGCCACUGUCAAUCAGAACUUUAUUACAGGGAUUUCCCCAGGACUUGCUGGCAUACGAUUCACCGUUGGUUCAGAAACUUCUGAGCUGGAAAUAAACGUGACUGAUCAACCAUCUGAAGUUCUAGGAUUGGACAUACAGAUAGUAACAGACAUCACUGUCUCCACUAUACUUCCUGCGAAUGAUAGAGAGGUUGGAAACACAUUGAAUAUCACCGUCGGCCAGAAUUUUGAUUCAGCGGGGGACACUGGAAGCAUCAUCACAACCGCAGUCUUUGCAGACGGUUCACGAAUGGUCCUGAAUGGCACACAAGACGAUCUUUCACUGACCUCUCUCAAUACGUCAGUUCUUGAUUUUCUCAACGAUGAGACUCUAGUGGUGUUCAGUAGUGGCAGUGGAGAGUUGAUACAAGCUGAAUGGAGAUCAGACACCUCCUUUUGUCCAGAGCAAUCCGCAAUAUCAUCGGGUGAAGCAGAGCUUGUGAUCAACCUCUCUGAAUUGGGCGCAGGAAGAAAACGUCGGUCUACCACAGCCAAAGAAAAGCUCCCCUUGAGCUACAGAUAUGAAGUCGGUGCCAAUUUAAUGCUUGAGAACUCUAACGGAGAUCAGUUGAAGACGUCUCAUCCAUCAGAAAUGAGAUUCGACAGCUCUGAGAAGUCGCGUGUACGACGGACGGUAGGAUCAACUGUUACUGGUGAUCUGGAUGGGAACGGGGGUUUUGAGACCAGCGAUGCCUCCUACCUCCAGAGGUAUCUACUGUCUCUCACUCCCGGAGCUCUUCUCGAGGAAGAAUUCAACCUCACAACGAAUCACACUCAGCGCUUUGACAUUGAUAUGAGUGGUGAAGCUAACCCCAAUGAUGUCAUAUUCUUGCUGAAGGUUCAUUCCAAUAUCUACCGAUUCGUGACUGAUAUCUCCUUCCAAUCUGUAUCAGUGAUGGAUGAAGGUUGCCUGUUGGCGAUCAAUGUAACACUGCGUGAUUCCAAUGACCACCCAGCUCUACCAGAAUCAACACAACUGUUCAUCGAUUUUGUGCACGAAAACCCUCGGUUUCAAGCCAUGUUUGACUCCACUAACAUCACAGAACCCGGUGAAAAGGAGCCAGUUACAAAAGGCGAUGGGGAAUAUGGUGGUCUAGUCCAGGCAGAGCAUUAUGGUGAAGGAGUCUUUGGUAUUACGACACAGUCAGCAAUCAACAUAACUGGGAUCGGUCUGUCACUUAUUCAGGUGACAUUUGAUAGCGAAAAUGAAACUUCGCCUGUGAGAAAUGUUGGAAUGUUCCAGUCUGGCCGACCGAAAUUCAAUUCAUCACUAAACCUCACAUUCUCGACUCAGGGCCACCGAGUUACAAUUAGUCGAAAAAACGGGUACACCCCUCUUCGUUUAGUCGACAGCACUCUGACAUCAACCGAGUGCCACCUUCGUCAGCUGCCACUGUUCUUUGAACAGUCUCUGUAUGCAGCUAAUGUGCCUGAGAGUACUGUGCUGUUGGUGGUGGUAUUACAGGUCAGUGCUAUAACACAUCGACCUGGGUCUACCGUAAAUUACUCUAUCGCUGAUCCAAGUGCCCCUUUUGCAGUUGAGCCAGAAUCUGGGGAAAUUUCUGUCGCGGGAGGUCUUGAUUUCGACUUUGGCGAAAGAUUCUACAAUUUCACAGUCCUUGCCGAAGAGGUUUCAAACAGCUCUGUGCUCAUGACAGCUGGUGCUACAGUGAAUGUGGGUGUCCUGAAUGAAAACGAUCUGAGGCCGCUUAUUGAAAGUAUUGCUCCCUUUGACUUACCAGCAAACACUACAGCAGGGGAAGCGAUUUUCACUGCGAAUGCCAGCGAUCCGGAUGGGCUAGAUCAGCUCACGUACUCACUGUCUUCUCUUCCCAACCUGUUUUCAAUAAACGAAACCAGUGGCACUGUAUCUGCUACACAAUCCCUUCUCCACCUUGGAAAUCCCCGGGUCACAUUGACAGUAACAGUCUCAGACAGUCUUCUCACAUCAAACCUAACAAUCAACUUGACAAUCUUCCAUCCAUCUUUCUCUCUAGAAUUCCUAACUGGUAGCCUACUGGAGAAUGCUACCAUUGGAGAAGCAGUAGUAGUAGUUGUGAUAGAUGAAGCAAGAACACAAACUUUCUCUUUCAGUAUAUCCGGAGAUCUAUUUACAAUCAACAGCACUGAUGGUGUCACUGCUACCAUUGCUGUUAACGGUUCACUGGAUUACGAAAUGUUUCCGGUUCACGUAGUUACGGUGGUGGCGGAUUCCUCCCACUUCCACUUGGAAACAAAUGUGACCGUAUUUGUCCUCGACGUGAACGACAACUGUCCAACUUUCCCAGUGUCUCAGUACACCGUCUCAUUCUCCGGUGGGUCUCCAGUGGGGACUGUGAUAGACAAUCACCCACGAGCUCGGGACAGAGAUACAGCCGAGAAUUCGGUCAUCACAUACUCCAUUUCUUCCCAGCUUCCGUCGGGUAUAUUUUCAGUCGAUCCCACAUCUGGAGACCUCAGACUUGCUCAGAGUCUUGAGCGUGGGCCAUCUGCUGUCUCACUCAACCUGAGUGCCUUUGACGACUGUACAUUGGGAGUCAACGGAUCACUAAGUAUAUUUAUUGAUGUCAACCUUACCAUCGUGUCCUUUAGUCCUGAUCCGCCUGUGGCUGCCCUAACGAUUGGCGAAGCCGUGGGCGUGACACUCUCCAUUUCCACGGCAAUCGUCGUUCUGUUGCUCCUGGUGAUGGUUGCUAUGGCAAUGAGUCACAUGAAGAGGAGGAGGAAGGACAAGCUGCCUGCUUUUCUGUCGCACGAUUUUCAAGUGGAGCACAUUGGAGUGGAAGAGCACCCAGUGGCUGAUGAUUCAGUUGAUGUUCUUCUGCCUCUCGCGGAACAGAAGGGAAGGCACUUUGCAGAGAAGUUCGGAAAAGAAGACGAAACCACCGCCUUCUGGUACCAGGAUGAGAGAAGAGUGGAACUGGUACCGCCUCAAUAUCGGUCAAGCGACGGGGAAUCUAGCGAUGAUGAGGAUUUAAGUAGAGUUGGACUUGACACUGGAGAAUGGGCGUUUGACCUCCCGCCACCAAUGAGCGAGGAUUCGGACCCGGACAUGAGCGACCUGUGGGUGGUGGAGGACGGCACACUCCUGUCGGAGAAGAAAGGAAGAAAGCACUCGUUCUUGAGUAGAAAGAACACUGGAACCAGUGGUACUAGCGGCGGCGAAAAAAGAACAUCGAGGAUCAUGCCCAAGUUCUCGCUGCGUCGUCAUGGCAGCCGUGGAGCGGGGGCGAUGGGUGGUGGUGGGGAGGGAGACAGAGUGAGACUGGUGGAGGGUGAGGGGGGAGAGGCGUGGGGAGAAGAUGAGGAAACUACAGGUCAACGGGACGUCAUGUCCGAGGCAGAGAUUCAGAACGUGAAGUUUCAACUAGCCGGUCUGAAGAGGAAGAGAGAUUCUGUAUUGGUCGGAGGAAAGGUCAUACCGACAAUUCAAGAAGAGUCCGAGACGGUGCAACCACCACGCCCACCUGCAUCGACCCCAUCUGUCAUCACCAUGGAAACGGCAAAGGAAUGCGCCACCCGGUUACGUCGCACGGUGCAAUCGGGGGAGUACAGGGCGCAGUACCAGAAGCUGCAGGCAGUCAAACCACGUAGCGGACACACACAUGCAAGCUUGGCUUGUAACGCGGGCAAGAACCGAUACCGAAACGUGCUGGCACCAGAUCAUUCCCGGGUGAAACUCGUGAACUCCCACCCCAAGGUCGAAGGUGGUGAUUAUGUCAAUGCCAGUCACAUUGAUUUCCCCUCCGCACAGAAUGGCUACAUUGUCACCCAGGGUCCGUUGCCGUCAACGCUUGUCGAUUUCUGGCAGUUGGUAUGGGAACAGGGAGUGACAAGGGUCGUCAUGACGUGCAACGUCGUUGAGGAUGGAAGGGUUAAAUCUGAAAGAUACUGGCCUGAGAUUGGAAAGACUGCGACAUACGGCAGUAUAGCAGUUCAGAGCCUUAGUCUGCGGCAGCGUAAGGGCCACCGUGAGACGUCUCUGAGUGUUACAUGCGAUGGAGUUUCCAGAGAAGUCACUCAUUACCACUUCACCGGGUGGCCUGAUUUUGGAACCCCGAGCACCACGGGGGGGUUCGUGGAUCUCGUGAAAAGUGUGGGGGGCACGAGAGGGGGAGAGAGGGGCCCAAUUUUAGUCCACUGCAGCGCAGGAUUGGGGAGAUCGGGGGUUUUUGUAGCCGUACACUCGUCACUGGAGACACAGGCGGAAGGAACGGCGAGAAUCGACCUGGAAACGACGGUACGCGAGAUGAGGAAGCAGCGAGGCGGAAUGGUGCAGACUCCUGAUCAAUACCGCUUCUGCUUCGAGGCCGUCGCCGAAGCCUUGGACCCCGUCCUACCUCCAACAGAGGAAGAAGAAUUUCGACCCCCGGUGGGGACCCAGUCCCUUUCAAAACACGCAACUUUCCCACAGCCACAAGUGAGCAAUGCUCCCCCUCUCCCUCCUCGUCCAUCGUCCCAGACGCCACUUCAACAACAGGAAACCCGUUCGGUUAAGAUCAGGAAAAGUUCAAUACCCCAAUCCCAGCCUCAACUCCCUCCCUCCGAAGAAGACAUACCUAACCUCCCUCCCUUCCAAGAUGAAGACAUCUUAAAGCGUGUCUCUUCUCCCCCUCCCCCUUCAUCCUCCCCUCCUCCCCCUCUCACUCCUUCCACAUCCGAAACCCCGGACGACACACCCACAAAGUACCCCUUCUUGGAGACCUCGCCCGAAGCCACGCCCACUAAACAACCCACGAGCGAUGAAAUCCCGGACAUUUGUGUUACUCCGCCCACCAGGCACGAAUCACUGUCUAGCAUGAACCAAGAUUUUGAGUCAAUGGAUCGCAAAUUGAAAGCGAGUAGCUUUGCAAGGCACCAAGAGAGAGGCAAAAGAACUGAUUCUGGGUUCCAAGAACUUCCUCGAGAUCUCGCCUCGCCACCUGAAAAAUCAUCUGCCGUCAGGACCACGUCGAAAGUGAAAAAUAAGCAGGACACGCCUCCACAAAGGUCCAAGAACCACGGAGCUGUUAAAACGUCGUCUCUCCCUCAGACAAAACCAGUAGAUGGAGAGAAAAAGGAGUCACGGAUGACAGAAGACGAACUGAAAGAGACGCUCUCGGGUUUCGAGGUGCCCCCUCCGGGGAAAAGACGAGGGAUUCGAGAUUGGAGACGACCAGACUACGGAGGCGGGGUUUCCUCCGAAGAUGGAAGUGAUGAAGAAGAGCUCCGAGGAGACGACACGGAGGCCAAGAUGGGGCGGGGGAAGCUUGUUGACGAAGAUGGAGGGGGUUUCCAAGACUGUACCGUCGUCGUCUUUGGGGAAACCUCGAAAGUGGGGUCAGUCCCAUUCCCAGACCCCCAGACCACCACCGGAACCUGUGAAUCAGACUCGGACUGACGAUAGAAUAGAAAAAUUGCAGAAAGUUGGGAAACUCGUGAUUCCAAGUAUUUUCGGAAGUGGUGGGGUCACUCCACAUUCUACCUCCCCUACUAUGCCCCUCAAGAAAUCGGCCAUUUCAGACUCUCAACCAGUCAGACCGGUUCCAGAACCAGUCAGACCGGUUUCACCGCCACCUGCUAAACUGGACACGACAACUCCUCCCGUUCUGAGAAUGAUUCGUAAAAUUGAGGCACCACAGCUGUCAUCUCCGGCUUUCAAUGCUCCUCCGACUGUGGAGCAGAAACCAGUCAAACCAGUUGUACCAGAGCCAGUCAAACUCGUUAAACAGGAUUCACAACCUCUGCCUGCUACAAGUGUAAAGACUCUUCUCGCCCGAUUUGAAAAGAACACGUAAUUAUAACACAUGUAAAACAGCAUUAAUUUCCUGUGUAUAUUAAAUCUAUAAGGCAAUAUUGUGUGAAUAAAACCAAUUACAAACCAUUAACAAAGCCUUAACGGCUUUCAAAUGCAAUUGGAACCCUGGUUGCAAUUAUUGUGGUAUGUACCUGUAGCCAUGUGUCCUCAAUACCACAGUCAAUCAACGCAAUUCAAUUAGCGGUA